GUAUGGAUGCAAAAAUUCCAUAUAGAGAAUCGCGCUCUCCCCGACAUAUUAGGGUUUCCGCAACGCAACCACGCACGCAGACAUUUCUUCCUCUUCCAAUUGCGUCUCUGUUCUGUUGCUUCUUCUCCGGCACAGUUGUUUACUCCCCCAUCCUUAUCCUAGUGUAUCUGCCGGAGAGUUUUAAACAAGGUUUUUUGAUUCCUAGAAACUAAUCAGCUUUUUGGAAGAUUUUGUAUCUUGUUUGCUGGUGAGGAGUAAUAGUUUACUGCAUUGGAACAGGGAGGUGUCUGUUUGAGGUUGUGCUGUCUUUGCCAUAAUAUAAAAGUUUCAUCAUUAGCGGGGCAUUUUCUAGAAUUCAAAAAUGAUGAAACUUGGUUUUAUUGAUUACCAAGUUCUUGCUUAGAUGGUAUAUGUGGUGAAUUUAAUUAGUGAUGUGGUGUAAGCAGAUGUUAUAACCAGAAUGUUGUUGUUUGAGAGAACUAAGUGAUUCUUUGGUUGGCUGUCGACAAGCUGCGGGAAGUUUGUAGAAGCAAGCGGAAUAAGUUUUGGUGAGUUUUACAAAACAUAGCUAAGACGGGGUCCCUUUGUUGUGUGGCUGCAAGGCCACAUGGUUCUAAUGCCGCCAGCAGGGAGUGGUCCAUGGGUCCAAAUGAGCCCUACUGGCGAACUAAUACAAGCUUCUCACCUCCGCCGUCGAGAUGGGAUUUCCGGGUCCAACCUGAAGGGCUAUCAUUUGGUUCUCAUGACGGUAUUCAAUUGUAUGGUUCUUCUACAUCAUCAAACAGUAGAGGAAGUAGGAGUUGGGUGAGAGGAAACCAUGUUUCCAAUCAUCAAUAUUCAACAUCUGAUGGUGUUGGGCCAUACUUUAGUAGUCCAUCUGAGAUCUCUCCAGCCCGACAGUGGACACCUCCAACAAUACAAGAAAUCAGAGUGGAUGAUUAUGCAACUUCAUCAAGGAGAGUUGCAGUUUUGGGGCCAUUGUCCUUUUCACCAACUAUGGAGGGAACAUCCACGGUUCAAGAUAGCAGGGGCUCUACUUCUUCUCGAUCAGACAGUAGUGAUUAUGAGCCAAUGGCCAGGUCACACUUGUCCUCUCACCGCAACUUCUCAAGUCGCCGCUGCUUCAUGUCCAAACCUAUUCAUCCCCUCUCCUUCCCGUCAGAAGCACCUACAAGAGAAGCUGCUGACACCACAGCCACCGGCUUUUCAGAGUUCGACACUGCUACGCCACGUAGAGAGAUGCAUCGUUUGAGCAGUGCUAGUGGCAGUAUUGAUUUUACGGAUGUGGCCGAGCCAUUGGAAUCCGAUUCUUUUGGUCGAUCAUGUAAUCCACCAGACAGUUUUAAAUGCGGAUUAUGUGAGAGGUUUCUUUCACAGAGAUCACCGUGGAGUUCUCGUCGAAUUGUGAAAAGCGGAGACAUGCCUGUUGCUGGAGUUCUUUCAUGUCGCCAUGUUUUCCAUGCUGAAUGCUUGGAGCAAACGACACCAAAGAUGCGCAAAAAUGACCCACCUUGUCCUCUCUGUGUGAGAUCUGAAGAUGAAAAUUCUCCCGAGCAGCGGGUUUUUUCCAAGCUGAGGAAUGGUUUCCCAAAGCUUCGAACUUUCAGUGAGGAUGGACCAUCAAGGCCCUGGGGCUGCUCACAGGCAGGUGAUUGUGUUGAAGGGGCUUUGCAUGCUCCUCCUCGCAACACAAUGUUGUUACUCAACCGGAACCGAGUUAGAAAGAAUUUUCCAUCAAAGGGUAAUCCAAACAAGGAAUUUCCUGGAAAGUUGAGGAAAAUUGGAUCGUAUUCUUCACCGCUGUUGAUUGGAAGGUCUGUAGAGCAGGGAGCAGUUGGAUCAUCAAAGACCACCCCAGGUACUACUAGUAUGAAAUUAUGAAGAAUAUGUAUAUAUAGUUUGGAGACUGGAAUUUUUUAUUGCGAGGGCAUAGUGGUCUGUCUGGUCUUUGAAAUUGUCUAUUUUAUUUGCGAGUUUUGGUUUAAGUUGGUGGGUGGGGUAUUUGAUGGAAAUUAGAUGGGAUGGUUUUUAGGGCAUGUUGUGUUAGGCUUUAAAUUUAGCAGGAAAUCUAGGGUUGAAUUUACUGCCAUGUUGACAACUGGGUAUUUUGCAAUUUUCUUGUGUCUAUUUGUUUUUGUUUUUGAUGCAAAAUGAAGUCUUGUAAAAUUUUAAUCUCAGCGCUGGAAUUUGUUAUACCCUUCCACUGCUCAUUGCAAAGA